AUGCCCAAUCCACCCUCCAAGAUGGCAGGAGACUCCUCUAUAUUUCAUAUCUUUACCAAGAAGCAUGAAGUAGUUCUGUUCUCAAGUACAGUGAUUACUCUCUAUGAGGACGAUCAAGGUACUUCUGGCCUAUGCCAUAUCAUACAUAUGUUUGACCAUGCAAAUAUCAAAAAAUCCCCAAUCAUCGGCAUCAUAGUCUCAGCCUACUACCUAGGUUGUGCAGUCGGAGCCGUGAUAGCUUCCUGGCUCGCAGACAAAGAAGGCCGCAAACCCUCCAUCUUCACCUGCCUUAUUACAACCUCACUUGGCAACAUCCUCAUGUUCAUAUCCGGCCUCUCAAUGCAUGGCUUCUCACCCUGGAAAGGAAGAGCACUAGCCUGCAUGCUCACAGGCCGAGUAGCCUUGGGAUUAGGAUACAGCUCCGAGCUCUCCUCCGACGGAGCAAGAGGUCGAGCCCUGGCCCAAGAAUUCCAAAUGAACAUCUUCGGCCUGCUGAUUGCAUACGGCAUCAGCCUCGGCGUGACCCGCGGCUUGAAGGAGUCACGGUGGGCAUGGCGAAUCCCCAUCAUGGUCAUGCAGCUCUUCCCAAUUUUACUAGUGUCCUUCAUCAGCCGGCUCCCCGAGUCACCCCGCUACUUCAUGAGCAAGGAGCAAAAAUAUGAGGCCCAAAAAGCGCUCGAAGAAGUGUGGUCCAAAAAAGAUGCGAACGGCUCACAAUUUCACCCCUCGAUGGUCACAGUAAUGGGACAGAUAAAUCAAGCAUUUACAGGCUGUGGCGCUGUGUCAGUCUACGGACCGCAGAUCUUCCAACUUCUCGGUUUUGACACCUGGGAAGCAGAGUACUUGACCCUUGGGAACUAUAUCUUGUAUUCCCUCAUGAUGGCCUCUGCCUGGCUUUCCAUGAACAUAGUCGGAAGACGGAAACUCAUGGUCUGGGGGGCUGCUGGUCUUGCUAUAUGCUUUGCCAUUCUUACUGGAUUUGGAGGAAUAGCGCAGGGUCUUCCAGACGUGCCAGAUCUAGCAGUUGAGAUUCCGGGGAGCGUCACGCUAUUUGUUGCUACUACUACCUUUUGCAUUGGGUGGUUGGCUACCGUCUGGCUUAUCCCCACUGAGAUUUAUUCCAGCACAGCAAGAGCACAGGGGAGUGCUAUCAGCGGUAUUAUCUGGGGAUUGGCGAAUUUUGCUAUCACAUUGCUGACCCCGAUUGGGUUUAACAGUCUAAAGUAUUGGUUGUUCCUGGUGUUUGCGGUCACGAAUAUUUUUGCUGGGUGGUGGACCUGGAAAUACACGCCAGAGAGUGGAGGACGGAGUUUCGAAGAGAGCCAGGAGUUCUUUAAUAGUGCGAAGGAGGAUGGGAGUUGGAGUGUUAAGAGGGUUGAUGGCGGGAAGUUUGAGAAAAUGCCGGGGGAUAAUAAUGAGGAGGAGGAAGAUUGCGAGCAAUUACCAUUGUUGAGACAAAAGAGAUGA